AUGGGCGAGAAGGCCCCCGUGCACGACCCAGAACUGCGGUGGUUCGGGAGGUUCGGGCUGCGCCUGGGCGAAGGGCUCCGGCUCGACGUGGUGCACGUCAACGCGGCUCUUGCGGCCGGUCGGACCAGGGCCGGACCUGGGACGCUGCUGGAGAUACGAAGCUGCGAGAUUUGGCCAGAUGUGGUCAGUCUCAACAGCGUCAUGAACGUGGGUGCUCAAAAUGGGCAAUGGCAAGAUGCCCUAGAUCUUCUUUCUGCUCCCAAACAGCUCCACCUCCAACCGGAUCUCAUCACUUAUGGCUCCACCUUCUGCGCCUUCGAUCGAGGCGGACAAUGGCAUCGCGCCUUACAGAUGCUGCGCAGCAUGCCAAGCAGAGUGGUGGAGCCCAACCUCAUUAGCUACAACAGUGUCCUGGCGGCGGUUGGCACAUGGCCUCGUGCCAUGGAGCUCUUGGUAAAGGCUCAGGUCUCCCUCUUGCUGCCAGACGUGAUCUCCUUCGGAGCCUCCCAGACGGACGCGUGGCAGCACGCUGCAGGCAUCCUGGGGCGGAUGUUGCAGAUCUCUGUGAAGCCGAAUGCCGUCGUCUUCAACCGCGCGCUGAGCGCGUCCUGCCGUUCGGGUCGUCCGUGGCGCCAAGCCAUCCGCCUCUUGGAGCAGGCGGAGGAGCGCCGACUGGCUGAUCUCAUCACCUACAGCAGCGCCAUCGCGGCGUGUGCCACGGGACGAUCUUGGCAGUAUGCCUUGGCUCUUCUCAACGCGAUACGUUUGGCCAAACUGAAGCCGAAUGAGAUCGCCUUCAACUCGGUCCUCAGUGCGAUCUCCGAGUGGACUCGAGCAUUGGCGAUCUUGAGCUCUAUGGACCGCAAGGUACAUGGCGCAGCGGCUGCCCUGCCGCCAGCGACCGCUGCCAACUUUGCGUAUAUAUAUAUAUAUAAUGAUGUAUUGACACAUAUAUAG